AUGAAGAGCUUCAUCGCCAUCGCAGCCUUCGCUGCCGGCACUAAUGCCCUUGUUGGUCGCAGCGAUAGCUGCUGCUUCCACCUGACUGCCUCUGGCGGUGUCUCCGGAUCCCUUGGUCAGCUCACUGAUGGUCAGGUUCGUGUUGGUGAUGACAGUCUGUCCGCCGCGGACUUCUGCAUCAACUCGAGCGGUGCUAUCACUGAUAGCGAAGGCCGUGGCUGCAUCGUCACCAGCGAAACUACCCAGUUCCAGUGUGACACUGGUGCCAAUGCCACCACUGGCUUCUCCAUCACCUCGUCCGGUGGCCUGGAGUACCACAACAGCCCUAACUUCAUUGCCUGCGAGACUGGAGAGAACAAUGGCCGUAACAUCUACACCACCAACAGCACUUCCGUUACCAUGUGCAAGAAUGUCAAGCUGACUGCUGACUCUUGCUCUGGUUCCGGUGCCGGUGCUUCGUCCUCGGCUAUGCCCUCUGCUUCUGCUUCUAGCAUCCCUAUGGCCCCUAGCAGCUCUGUUGCCCCGGCUCCCAGCUCUGUUGCCCCGGUCUACACCUCUUCCGCUGCCCCAGCUGUUAGCUCCCCGGCUCCGGCUCCGGUCAACAGCUCCCCUGCCCCUGCCCCGUCUGCUGCUACUCUCUCCGGCUCGCCUAUCUACGUGACCAGCACUGUUACGGUUACUGACUGCAGCUGCGCCAACACCACCCCUGGCUUCCCUGCUCCCAGUGGAGGUGCCUCCCCCUCUUACUCCCAGGCACCCGCUCCUAUGAGUUCCUCCCCUGCUGGCGGUGCUCAGCCCUCUGGUCCUGCCGGUGGCUCUACUCCCAGUGCCUCUGCUGCCCCCUCCCCCUCUGAGAGCGUUCAGCCCUCUGUCCCUGCUGGCGGCUCUACUCCCAGCGCCUCUGCUGCCCCCUCUCCCUCUGAGAGCGUUCAGCCCUCUGUCCCUGCUGGCGGCUUCUCCACCUCCGUCAUGACCCCCGCUGAGUCCGUUGCACCCACCACCAGCUCUAUGGUUGCUCCUGCUGCCACCACUAGCUCCAUGGUUGCCCCCGCUGCCAGCACCACCGCUGUCCAGUCUUCGGCCUCUGCUACCGCUACCGAGUCUUCUUCCAGCAGCUGUGCCACCACCCUCACCUCUGGCGAGUACCAGUACCCCCACCUGAUCAUCCCCGUCAACUCCUCCACCCCCGAUACCGCCUACGGCACCCAGUACUUCGGCACUGUUAGCGAGACCGUCUCGACCCUCUUCAACUUCGACAUCCCCUCCUCUUACGAGGGUUCUACCUGUAACCUGGUCUUCAUGUUCCCCCAGAAGGCUGAUCUCGAGACCUCCGACUACACCUUCAGCGGUGACGGCAAGAUUGACUUCUCCAAGCUGUCUGAGGUUGCCAGCAGCUCCACCACCUACGACAACGCUCCCUCCGUUUCCGAGGACCUUGGUGAUAUCACCAUCUCCGCCGGUAACAGCUACGUUGUCUCCAGCUUCUCUUGCCCCGCUGGCGAGACCAUCGCCUUCGAGAUGUCCGAGGCCGGUUCCACUGACCUCCACUGGUUCAACGACUACAACCCCUCUCCUCUGGGUCUCUUCAUUACCAAGUGCUAA